CUCCUGAAGCUUCUUGGAGUCUUUGCCUGGGACUUGUGCUGUGCAUUUACCCCGCUAAGAUGUCUCUUCCAAAUAUUACACAACCUGACUACCACCCACUGCCCUCUCCCUCAGCUGGUGGCCUGCAAGGCUUGUUCAAUAUGGUGCACUCUUUCCUGGGAGUAGUGCAACCCAACGAUUUCCCAACAGAUUUCCUGACUCGCUUGAUCAACCACAGCGCUGUGAUCACAAACCCAGAAGUGUAUAAAGAAGCACUCAGAUAUGAGACAGGCUUCCUAGUUUGUGCUGUUAUUGGGCUUCUGUUUGUCAUCUUUGUGCCACUGGUGGGUUUGUUUUUUUGCUGCUGUCGCUGCUGUGGACAAUGUGGGGGUUCCAUGUACCAGAAGCAGACCAAGAACAUGAACUGCAAGAGGAAGGCAUUGUUUGCAUCUCUGCUAGCAGUCACUAUCAUUCUUCUGGCUGGGGUUAUCUGUGCAUUCGUCAGCAACCAGCGUGUAACUCAGUCUGUAGAUAGAGGCUUCAGGACUUUGAACAAUACGAUGGACAACCUGAAUGUCUACCUGAACUCUAUCCCUCAGGAGAUUAAUGUCCUCGUUGACUCCAUCUCAGUGCCACUUGAUGAAGCCAACAAAAGCCUGAUAGACAUUGGGGACAAUUUGGGCGAGAAGAUCAAAGCUCAUCUAGGCGAGCAAGUGUAUAGGGCACUGAACUCGGCUGAACAGCUUCUCAGAGUGACUAGCAAUGUGGAACAGGAACUCUAUACAGUCAACAAUUCAGCCAGUACCUUGCAGAAUCUGCAGAAGGAGCUGGACGUAAAACUGACCACCGUGAGAGAUAACAUCAACAAAACAUUGACAGAUUGUGGCUCAUCUUGCGGAGAUGUGUCAGUGAGCAACCUGAAACCUGGGGCCAAUCUCAGCACGGUUCCUGAUGUCAAAGAAGCACUAAAGCUGAUAAAUAACCUUAAAAGCACGGACCCCAAUGCCACUAUUGUGAAGGCAAGAAAGACCCUGGAUGAUAUACCACAGAAGGUCUCCAACCAAACAAAAAAGGUGGUGAGUGAUGCACAGGGUCAACUACAACGUGUCAAAGAUCAGACUGACAACAUCCCUGGCACCUUUUCUAUACUUAAUGCUUUGGGCAAUGCCUCUCAGUUCAUGAAUGACCUCACUAAGAAGGCAAAUGAGUAUGAGCCAAUCGUGGCAACCUUUGAUGGUUACAGGUGGAUUAUUGGCAUUUGCCUCUGCUGCCUCGUGCUUUUGAUCAUUGUAUUCAACAUGUUGGGCCUGUUGUUCGGUGCCCUUGGGCUGGACCCAAAAGUGAUGCCUAUCUAUCGGGGCUGUGCCUCCCAUUCUGGUGGAAACUUCCUCAUGACGAGUGCUGGGUUCAGCUUCAUAUUUGGGUGGCUGCUGAUGCUGCUAGUUGGACUGAUAUUUUUCAUAGGGGGCAAUACCUAUACACUGGUUUGCCAACCCUGGGCCAAUGGACGUCUCCUUGAGUUCCUGGACACACCAAAGUUGUUCCCUGACUUAAACCUGACACGGAUGUUGCAGCUGAACAAUUCUAAUGUGACCUUGUCUAGCUUAUACAACAACUGUCAGAGCAAUCAGCCAUUGUGGAGCAGCCUUCAUAUGGAUGAUUUCAUUCAUCUGGAUAAGAUCUUCAACCUCAGUGAGUACACAGGUGAUAUUGAUUCAACCUUGAACAAAAUUAAUGUCAGUGUGGGCUCUACUGAACUCCUGAAUGAGAAUCAGAAAAAGCACAUGUGGGAUCUGAGCAAGGAGGAUGGGCCACUGCAUCUGGACUUUGCUGCCGCUCAGAAACAACUAAACCAGAACAUGAUAAAAUUGGACUUGUCUACCUUGGAAAAACAGCUGAGAGAUCUGGCACAAAAGACCCCAGCUGUAAGGAAGGAGCUAGAAGAUGAAGCUAAUGAGCUGCAACAGAUCCAGACGUGGGUGAAUGACAAUUUUCCUCCAAAGAUUAGAACCCUGAAUAGUAGCAUCCAGAGGUUGCAGAAGAACUUGCCUCAGAUUCCGGUGCUGGUGAACUCCACGUUGUUGCAAAUGGAGGAGGCUCAAACGUUUAUGAAGGUGCAGACGGAGGAAGUUAUCAAGAAUGAGACCUCGGCUUUUGUGAACUCCGUGGUGGGUUUCUUUGAGAAAUACCUGGACUGGGCCAAGAGCAUGAUAACAGGGGAAGUGGGCCGCUGUGGACCUGCAGCCUGGGUACUGGACAGCGUGAACACCAUUUUCUGCAACUACCUUGUUGAUUCAGCGAAUGCCUUCUGGUUCAGUCUGGGUUGGUGCACUGUCUUUCUGCUGCCGAAUAUCAUCUUGGCUGUGCGGCUUGCCAAGUUUUACCGCAGGAUGUUCAUGGAUGACUUCUAUGAGGAUGAUGAUACGGAACCCAUGGAACUAUCACGACAAAGUAUGUUCAAAAUGCCCCGUGCAGAGCUGAGGGACUAGCAUCUCCUUUCUCAACUCCUUGUUUCUGAACAGCACUAAGGAUGACACAUGAAUGUCUACAGAACUCCUGGACCUCUCUUGCCAAAGUGGAGCAUGUGGGUCACCACCCUGCAACAAAUUUCCCCUGGUGAAGACUGAAAUGGGGCAGCAGGGUUUCUCCUCCACCCUGCCAAAGGGACAGUCGGGUUACUACACUCACUUACAAGUUCUUUUACAUAUAGCUGUGCUCCCAAUAUAUAAUUUCUGCCUCUCCCUAACCUACUGUAGAGACUGGGCUUGCCGUCUCUGCACUACAUCCUUUCUGCAAAGCCAUGACCUUGUUGUUUGGACCGCUGACUCCUUAUGCUCUGGAGCUCCUACCUGAUCUUUAGAUUUCAUCAUGUGACACAAUUAUAUCCUUAAUUGUUCUGACUGUGGCUGCUCACUGUCCAUAAUGGUGCAUUCAUCCCAGAAGAGUUGAAAUUAUGCUAAUUUUUUCUACAGAAGGACAUUGGGUUGAGGAGAGUCUUCCCAGAUUGUGAUUAAUAUAGGAUUUUGUAUGACAAAGUUGACUGACAUUGGCCUAUUGGAUAGUUACUCAUGGGCAUUACAGGUAGCACAUUAUACCUGGCCAAUACGGUCAUUCUCCUUCUAGAGCAUGGGGGAAUGGCACACUUUUUUCAGUUUUAUGUAGCUUUUUUUUUCUAGUGGAACCCAGUGGUCCUCCAAUAUGUGUUUAGAUUUACAAAGAAAGAGUGCAUAUGCUGCAUUUCGUAAAGGUAAGGUGUAACUUCUCUGCAUUAAAUGAUGUUGAAUGUAUACUCUUGCUCAAAAAUGUAAGUAGUACCUUCAUGGAUCAGAUCAAGGUUCACCUAGGCCUGCAUUCUUUGCAAGAAUCUCAACAACCAGAAAGUGCUAGGUUGUCCACUGUCUGACCAUUUCUGCUCUAGAGACCACACCUGGAAAGAAAGGAGCAAGUGAGUGCCGUAGCUAAAACCUACUGUACCCUUCUAUUAACCUUGUUGCUCAUCUGCUCUAGACCAAAAGCAGAAAAACAUGUGCCUCUUCAAUGUGUUACAAGCUUUUAGUAAGAGUACCAAGAUACAAUCAACAAAUGCCAGGCUCUGAAAUACACUUCUCCCUGCACAGCAACCAGUAGACUGUGCAACAACACUGAAAAUGAUGUAUUCUUAAACUAAAGUAUUGGAGAUCAGGAAUAUAGAUGCACCAUAUAUAUUUUUAAUGAGUCUUCGUGUUUCCAGUGAUGUAAUUUUCUGUGGGGAAGAAAAGCCUACCGUAUAUCCUUUUCCUGUUUGCAAUAAACUUUA